CAAUCUUUGAUUGGUACCGCGUUCGAAACAACUUGGAACUCGGAAAAAAACGAUUUGAACGGUCAUCCAACUCCGGCAUCUUUCAAGAGCUCCGGCUUGAAAAUCACUUCCCACUUUUGAACGCGGCAUUAGAUCACAGGCUGCGUCAUCAUUACGCGUUUUAUGUACACGGAAGUAACCAGCAGAAAGCAGAAAACAAAAAACAGGACGCAGACAGAAGUCUGUGUGUUGAGCUAUGCCCCAGAGAGGAUGGGUCAGACCCUGUGUAUCUGUUCCCGUGGCUCCAUCACCAUCGACAACAAAAGAUACUACUUCAUCCAGAAACUAGAUGAAGGAGGGUUCAGCUAUGUGGACCUGGUGGAGGGGGUGCAGGAUGGGCGUUUCUACGCCCUGAAGAGGAUCCUGUGCCAUGACCGGGAGGGUCACCGGGAGGCCCAGACGGAGGUGGAGAUGCACCGUCUCUUCAGCCACCCCAACAUCCUGGGCCUGGCCGGGCACACCUUCAUAGAGCGGGGGGGCAAGAGUGAGGCCUGGAUACUGCUGCCCUACGUCCAGAAGGGCAGUCUGUGGUCAGUGCUAGAGAAACUGAGGGACAAGGGCAGCUUCAUGCCAGAGAGACGCAUCCUGAAGGUUCUACAGGGCAUCUGUUCUGGACUGAAGGCCAUGCAUGACAGAGGCUACGCACACAGAGACCUGAAGCCUACCAAUGUACUCCUGGAGGAGGAUGACAGGCCUCUGCUGAUGGACCUGGGUUCUAUGAACCGCUCCAGGAUGGAGGUCAAGGGGACCAGGGAGGCCAUGACAGUACAGGACUGGGCAGCUCAGAGGUGUACUAUAUCGUACCGUGCCCCAGAGCUCUUUAACGUGGAGAGCCACUGCGUCAUCGAUGACCGCACAGACAUCUGGUCUCUGGGUUGUGUACUGUACAGCAUGAUGUUCCUGGAAGGGCCCUAUGACAUGGUGUUCCAGAAGGGAGACAGUGUGGCCCUCGCUGUCCAGAACCCUGUUACCAUCCCUCAGCCCUGCAGUUACUCUGAAGGCCUGCAGAACCUGGUGAGCUCCAUCAUGGUGUCCAACCCCCAGGAAAGACCCGACGUCAACUGGAUCCUGGACCAGAUACAGGACAUGACGUGUUCCAGCCCCAACACCCAGACCAACAUGGUAUGAUGCUCCUGAUCGGGGAACCCUGGCAAGCCUGGUUCCUCUCUAGUUCCUCCAUCUGUGGGUGAUGAACUUUAUGACCUCUGGACUGUUGUGAUGGCGACCCUGACUUUGUCGUUUUCUUCUACUCUUAGAAGCUCAGGGGAUCCUACCCCAAACACACACACGCACGCUAUUCUGCAGUUGAAACCACAUAGACGCAUGUCACAAGUCCUCACUGUCCUCCAUAUGCAUGUGCAACAAUAUGCUCCUACACAGUGUUGGUCAACUCCACAUCCAGCACCCCUUGUGGAAAUUGAGAUUUGCGUGGAGCCAUUUUAUGACUGCUAGUGAAUAGGAAACCCCAUGGGUUAAAAUAUCAUCAGACACUACAGUUGAAGGGGGCACCGGACCAGGAAAAGGACCUAUGGUAAAUUCCAGACAGACGGUUGCCAUGGAAACUUACUCAGCCAUAUCUGAUAUCAACUUCAAAGGGAUUUUUAUAAUAACUUAAUUCCAGACCUGGGUUCAAAUACUUUUUCUGUAUAUUUGAGUAUUUUCAAAUCCGCAGGCCAAAUUUUAUUUAUUUA